AUGGCUUUCAGUUACUAUUCACUAUUUCUCUUCUUUUUCUUAUAUUUAACUGUCUAUGCAGCUCAAUUAAAGCAUCCAUUUAAACAAUGCUCACCGAGACGAGCUGGCGAGGUUCUCAGUGCAUCUGUGAAUGCACCGUGUAGUAGUGAAUAUUGCACAUUUUACAAGGGCACUGAUGCUCGUCUUGAAUUUCAAUUUACACUACGUAAAAAAGCGAUGAAAGUUCGAGCAAAAGUCGUCGCUACCAUUGGUACAGUUGAUCAUGAUUUCGUCCUACCAAAUCAUGAUGUUUGUGCAUUACUUGGUUGUCCGCUUCAACCUAACAAGCCUUAUACAUAUAAAAAUAGUAUGUUUGUUAGUCAAACAUAUCCAUCGGUGAAAAUCAAUCAAAUGCGAUAUUAUUUAAUCGAUGGUAAAGGACGUGAGCUUGCUUGCAUUGCAUUACCGGUGAUGAUUACUGAAAAAGACUCGAAACCAUAA